CGUAACCAUAUGAUGUGACAUAUUUUAUUUGAAAUAUUUGAAAAAGGAAAUGAAGUAAAUUUUUUAUUACAUCUAUUUUAAAUUUUAUUCUAAAAUCGUGAGAGCUAAUACCUUGGUUAAAGUACGGCGAUAAUUAUAAAGAAAAUUAUGCCUUCUUUGUGUUAAAUAUAGAACUAAACAAUUGAACACGUCGCAAACGCUACCAGCAACGUUCUAAAAGAGCUAAUACUCAUUUAUUGGUAGCAAUCGUUAAGUAAAAAAGCUGUGUAUGACAUGUCUUCAUGUAAAUUGGGAAAGAGCAAUAUUUCUUGCAAAAUUAACGACAAUGAAGCACAGCUGCCUGCUAAUGAUCGUAUGAGUACGAUUACGUUUAAAAAUAUAAACGAUGCUUAUAAAUAUUCUACAGUCGAAAGCAGCACAUCGUUACUGAAGGCAACAAUACCGACUCAAGAGCAGAAACGAUUUUUAGUUACACCAAAACCCAAGGUGUUAAAUAUCUGUACGUUAAAUCCUAACACAAAAGAAUUUGAAGUAGCCACAAGUGCAAAAAACAACGCACAAACAGGAGAUCUACCAACCCAGAACUUUCGUGUUGACAUUAACAAACCGAAACAUGCCAGACCACCAUUUUUAUAUGAACACUAUCCACUCAAGCCGGCAUUGCUGUACGACAGUCCGUUGAGUUUCGUACGCGAACCACUAAAUCGUGCAGAUCAAAUAUCUUACUUGCCACAGAGGUCAUUACAUUCCAUCACUUCGGUUACACAAAUCAAUCUACUAAAGCAUACACUAAAAAAACAAAAAUCACGCCUAAUCAGCGGCGAAGAUGAUUAUAAAUAUACUGAAAUUGCUAACGCAGCGUGGAAGACGAAAGCGGCCUUUGCAUGGACUGAGGGUACAUCUUCAGAAAGUGUUUGUUCGACAUGUCCUCGUAAAGGAUUUUUGGUACCACAUACCUCGGAACAUUAUACAGAACCAAUAUACGAGUCGGUAGAAACUAGUACGACGCGCGAAGCCGACAAUUCGGCAAUAUUGACGGAGGUUUAUAAUACUGCAUGGCAGAACAUAGCAGAUGCUUUAGUUGGUGAUAAUGAAAAACAUUUGGAUGAAAAAGAAUCAUUCUUGUUUUAUAACCCAUAUUACCAUUAUGAGGGAGAAAUUGGAGUAGAAACACCACUAGAUCAUCAGGCGUUUUCCUCUGAUAAUUCUCGGCUGAAUAUAUCCCCUAAUUCGCACCAAUCGGAAAUAAAACAUAAGGACUCACUGCUGCUUUAUGCGAACUUAAAGCAAAAACGGCGUAAAACCGUAGCGACUUUGGAUAUUGGCGAAGGAAAACCAUUGCGGUUUACUACAUUUUUCGAUGAGGCGCAACUCGCUAAUAAGUCAUCGGAUGAGAACAUCAUUUUUGGUAGUGCUCGGGGAAUAAAGUAUAAACUUCAAUGUUGGGAAGAAUCGCGCAUCGGUUGGCUCUCCGAACUCGAACGUCGGCACGAGGUACACCGUCGGCGGCAAAAACGUGCUGAGCUCCGUAAAUUGAAACAGCAAACAGCCAAAAGCCGCUCAGGACUAUGCUCAUUUUGGUGUCAACGACUACGUUUCUGGCUAGCCAAAUGGGAUACCUAAAGGAGGCGGAAUGAUGAAGGUAAGGAAAGGAAUGCAUGUUAAAUGCCUAUUUAGCCGAAAGAAUUGCCCGUAAUUAGGAUUGACACAAUAACUCUGACAUUUUUUACGCAUUUAGAAGAGAUGGUGAUUUACUCUUAUUUAAUGGCGAAUUGAAGUUGUCGUUCUUGUAAAAUGUAAAUAAAGGAUUAGUGACACUCACGAAUAGAUAGUUUUUGUUUGCUAUGGGUUAAGAGCACUUCUAUUCUAAGAAUAUGUUAUUUGUUGAAACUGUUUCGGAAAAUUAAGAAGAAAAAAAUCGUGAAUUUGCGGUGUUGAACCUGACAGUGGCCAGGACAGGGGCCUUAUAGAGGAACUACUGAGGUAUGCGGAAAACAUUCCUUUGCCUAUAUAAUACUGUUGUUUUUUUGAGUAAGUCUGCAAUAGGCUUCUGUGAUUGACGUCUAUAUACUCACUAUCCUCCAGCUUGUUCUCUAAAAGCCUUUUCGUACAGCCAAAUUAUUUGAUCAAUUAAAAUAUUAAUUGAUCAUUAAUUAAUUGAUUGUAUUUAGUAGUAUUAAUGCUAUAUGUAAUGUAAAAAAAUUAGAUUUUUAUUUUGUAUGGUAAAUCGAUCUAAAUCAGCGCUUUAAUGGAGCAAAGGCCGGUUAAUUGAUCAAUUAGCUCCUAUGCGAAAAGGCUGUAAGGUAAGAGUUUAAAUUGAAGUAAAAGUUAAUCUCUUCAUAUUGGGCAACUAGAGCAAAUGCGAUUUUUUCGAUCACUACAGAAAUACUGUGCUUAUCAAACUUUUAUUCCGUAUCUAUAUUUAUCGAUUCACACGUUUUUAUACAUUUUCAAUGUAAAAUUUUUAUUGUCAAUAUGUUUGAAAUUCUUUUUUGUAAAUAUUUUUGAAAAUGAAAUAAAUUCUUUGUUAAUUAAAAUUUUGAAUUUCGAAAUCGGGGAAAUAAAGAAGUUUCGCUUGAAAAAGUCGAAUCUUUUAGAAUUGACACCAAAAAGUACACAAUUCCAAUGCAAUAAUGUCAAAGCAACAGCUAACGGCAGCAAGUGGUAACAGUGACAAAGCAGAGGUGGUGAAAAUUCAAACCACAAAACUUCCACAGACUUCAAAACUCUCGCCUGCAAAAAUCCAAUAUACAUUCUACCAGCCGCAUUUGUCUCAACCACCAACAGACUAUAUGUUUCUCGACGAUAAUCCCACGUUAAAAACUUCAACACAAUUACAAACUGCAACAAGAGUAGAGCAGAAGCCAGGUACAAAUUUACAACCGAGUCCUAAUAAGCAACGACUUGAGAGUGGCGCUUCGCGUAAAGAUUCAUAUGACUCCACUGACGACAAUCCAGAAUUAUCGCUGAAAAGUAAAUUGAUGGAAGAGUGGGAAGUAUGUCAAACGCAAGAAAAAGAUUCCAAUGAGUCUGUAAAAGGUUCCCGAGAUGAUAUCAGAAGUGAAAAGUCUGUAUGCAUUACAAUGGAACCAACUGAGCAGACGCCAUUAAGCCCCCGGCGUUGCUCGGUAGAAG